AAUUUACUUUUUUUCAAGACGUAUUAUUUUUAAUUAAUUUAAUCAUUUAAAUAAAAUAAAUAAAUUUUUUAUUUGUAUUAUGUUUGUUAUUAUUAAUUCAUAUUUUCUACCAGCAUUAUUCCCCCCCCCCCCACACUUAAAAUAAUGAAAUUUUCGCUUUAUAAUAAGGUAAUCUAAAGCAUCGAUUGCAGUAUUAACAAUGGAUUACAUUAACCGAUUUUUGAUAUUAAUCGAUCUAUGUAAGAUCUUCACAUAAACUUUUUUAAAUACAGGAUAUAACUCAAACUAUAUUAGUGGCAUUAAAUGAUCAAAAGAUAAAGAGUAAAAUUCAAAAUUUAAAACGGAUCAAGAAACGUAGUUUUAAUUCAUGAAAUGGUUAACGUCGAAUGUAAACAAUAGCAAAAAUUCAAUGAUUAAUAAUUAAAAUUACUUGAAGUAUAUUUUAAAAGAAAUUAGACGAAGAAGGAAUUAAUAAAACAUUGUCCGUUUUUCUAAUUUGUGGAUAUGCUCAUUGAAGUUUUGAGACUUUGAAAAUCUUAUUCUGGUUGCAUGGAAAACACCGAAGAAAAGACGGCUAGAUUUUCCUAGCUAGAUUUUUUAACAAAUUUUACUAAUAUAGUGUCAUCAAUGUAUUUUAUCACUUUUUUAAUAUUAGUAAGACUUUUGUACGUAAGUUUAUUAGACAUUAAUGAAUGCCAAAGCAAAUGGGUACCAGAAAUCCGUGGCGGCUAUAUAUACCAGGUAGACUGCUCAAACCUUGGAUUCAAAAACGUUCCAGAAAACAUCUCAUCGCUAACAUCGGAACUCUUGUUGAAUGGAAACAGUAUCUCAUACAUCGAUGACAAGGCCUUCUUUAACCUAACUCCUCUGCGUACACUUGACUUAAGAGGCAAUGAUAUUACAAAAUUAGAAGAGACAGUGUUUAAAGAUAACCAGGAACUUAAAAAGUUGCAUUUAAGUGGUAACAAGCUUCAUUGUGAUUGGUCAAUAUGGUGGCUUGUUUCUUUUUUAAAGAAGUUGGAGUUCUUUGAUGGACAAUGUUUUACUCCAAUACUUUUACGAGGAAGGAAUAUUAAAUCACUUACUCUGAAGGAUCUUGAAAUCGAUUGCUUAAGUGUCAGCAAGCUAAGAAAUGCUGUUUUGGAUGGGGAUUAUCCAAUGACAGUUUUUAGAAAAGAUAAAUCUACAACUGAAGUAGUGGUCUACUGUCACAAAAUGAGUUCUACUGAACCAAAGGAGUAUUUAACACUUCCCUCUGGUGAAAAACAAAAUUAUGUAGAAGUUUCAAAGCAAUGUGAUUCUGUGACUGACCAAGGAUUAAAAGAAAUGAUCGAACAUCUAACUGCUUUACAUUCUAAUUUUACUCGUGUGCGUUUGUUUUUAAACAAUCUGACUUUAAGCACCACAGAUACAACAUUUAGUACAAAUCCUAGUUUUUUUUUCGGUCAACCUUCUAUAUGUGGUGAUAAACAAUGUUUGUCUGGAAGAUCUUCUUCUGAUUUACGUGGGACACCUUUUUAUUUCAAGAGUUCAAAGCAAAUUAUCAUGCUAAAUGAAUGUAACACUCAAUGUGGAAAAUGUGAUAUAAAAACUUCUUUGGAACUUGAUUUUAUUGAUAGCGACAGGCAACCCUUUUUAGCUUGCACACGUCCUAUUGGCAUGCAGAGCAACAAGAUAUUAAAUCAACAUAUUACUGCUUCAUCAAACGCAGGACAAUCAUUUGCACCACACUAUGGACGUUUAAAUUUACCAAAUGGAUGGUGUAGUGGUAGUAACGAUGUCUUAUCGUAUCUUCAAAUUGAUCUUGUUAAGUUAACUGUAGUUACAGGGAUUUCAACACAAGGUCAUCCGGAUAGGUCUAACUGGAUAACGUCCUACAAAUUGUUUUACUCAAAAGAUGAUGAAGAGUAUCAAGUCUAUAAAGAAUUUGGUGAAGAUAAGAUUUUAGAAGGAAACAUUAAUUCAAACUCUGUGGUCACACACUGGUUUUUACCUACUAUUCAAGCUAGGUUUGUUAGAGUGAACCCAUCUGCUUGGAAUGAUGAUAUGUCAGAGCAUAAAUUAUGCAUGAGAGUUGAACUGUAUGGUUGUUUAAAUGUUUUUUCUUCAUACUUAAUCCAAAAUACAGACCAGCAGUGCAUAUAUUCAGACAUUAUUGGUAAUAAAGAAGAACAUUUAUUGAAAAUGAAUUCAAAUUGUGCUGGCGAUAAAUACAUGUUUACUUUUAGCAACGAUAAAGUGCAGCAUACAAAAUCAGGUUUAUGUUUGAGUAUCAAUUCAGAAUCAACUUUCAUUCUUACUUCUAACUGUGCAACAACAAAUUUGAUGUUUCAAACAGUUGAAAGUCAUGACAUGUUUUUAAUCAAAGAUUUGAAUGGCAAUUGUGCAAAAAUUUUUGGCAAUGUGCAAAAUAGGUUCUUAAAUGCUAUUUGGCUUAAAUGUGAAUCAGGUGGAUUUAGUAGAUUGAGAUUAACUAACAAUGGUACUUCUGCUAUUUUGCCCCGGUUUAAUGAAGUAUUAGUCAAGUUAAACAUUAAAAUGUUCACUGCUGUCAAACUAACUUGUGAAGCUCAUUCUGAUCCUAUUUCGAUUUACAGAUGGCGUAACAUACAACCUAAUGCCAAUGUUGUUAAAUAUGAUCUUAUGUCUACUACAAGAAUUAGCUUUUUUGAAUUUGAAAAUAUAACAUGGGAGGAUGGUGGCUUAUAUGUGUGUGAAGCUUGGAACUUUGAGGGAUUUGCUACAAAAACUUUUGAUGUAUUUGUUCAACCUAUUCAAUGGUUUCAUACAAAACCUUCAAAUCAAAAAGUUCUUUAUGGGAACUCUAUGUACUUUGACUGUAUUUCUCAAGGUUAUCCAGAACCUAAGGUUUCAUGGUUUUUAAUGAAUGGAGAUACAAACUCUGCUGUUGUGUCAGAUGACAGAAUAAAUAUAUUUCAAAAUGGCACACUAUUUAUAAAAUCAGUUAGUAUUGUGGAUGAAGGAAACUAUACCUGUAAGUCAUCAAGUCCACGUCUUGAAGCAACUGUGUUUGCAACAUUGGAUGUGUAUGUGACUCAAAGUUUUAUAAAAGUUCCAGAAUUGCAAAAAGUCUUAUACAGUCAUGAUGCUUUUUUUGAAUGUGUUUCUGAAGGUCAACCUAAACCUCUUGUAUCAUGGUACUAUAAAUUAAAUGGCAAGACUAAUGAAAUCAAAAAUAGUUAUAAAUAUUUUAUUUCUGAUCAAAAUAGUUUGACAGUUUGUAAUCUAACUUAUGAUGACAUAGGGGAAUAUAUCUGUGUCUCUAAAAGUCCAAGGUUGAUUAGAAAUGUUUCAGCUGAACUUGAUGUUUAUGUUACUCAAGAAUUUUUAGUCAAACCAACUGAUGCUAAUAUUUUGUAUGGUUCUGAUCAUAUACUUGAUUGCAAUGUAACUGGUGUACCUAUGCCACAUCACUUGUGGGUUUUUAAUAGUAUAUUUGAUAAUGAUCAAGGAACAAUAAUUAGCAAUGAAAAUAACCAAGUUUUUCCAAAUGGCAGUUUGGUUAUUAAAAAUGUAACUAUAAAAGAUUCAGGAAAUUAUUAUUGUGUUGCAUAUAGCCCUGGCAUGUCAACAAAUGUUUCUUCAAAAGUAAAUGUUAUAGUGACACAAAAGUUUACUUAUGUACCAACUUCUCAAAUAUCAUUGCAUGGACAUUCUGUUUUAUUUGAUUGUCAAUCAGAAGGUAUUCCUCCACCUUUAACAUCUUGGUAUUUUCACAGUCUAAAUUCUAAUAAACCUGAGCAAAUUGUUUUGAACAAUCGUUAUAGUAUUUUGCAUAACAAUAGUCUUCUUGUACUGAAUGCACAAGAUGCAGACGAAGGAAACUUUAUAUGUGUAUCAACUAGUCCAGGAUUAAUUACUAAUGUUUCUGCUCAACUAUAUAUUUACAGUGUUCCCAAAAUAACACUUUCUGCAGUCAAGUCAAAUAUAUUGGUUGGUCAGUCUAUUGAGAUUAUUUGUAACGCUGUUGGUGAUCCAACGCCUAUUAUUCAGUGGUAUAAGCUGUUUGAUAAUACUGAAGAAAUUCCUAUCAGUAAUAAAGAAAGAUUAAUCUUUUUAAAAUCAAAAAAAGAAGAUGCUGGAACAUAUAUAUGUGAAGCAAAGAAUGUUGUUGGAAUUGAUAGAGGAAUUUUUGAACUUCAAAUUCAAGCUACAUGCUCUCUUGACAUGAUUGAAAAUGAAAAUUACAUCAUAGAAAAACAUGUUUUUGUUGAAAAUGAAGUUGUUUUUAUCAAAUGUAAAGAUGGUUUUAGAAUAAAUGGGAGCAGUCACUUAUCUUGUUUAGAAUCUGGUUCUUGGAAUGAAACAAUUCCAUUGUGUGAUGAUAUUAAUGAAUGUGAGGGGGAAACAUUAUAUAAUGAUGAUAAUUCUGUUAAUAAAAAUACUAUUUGUGAUGUAAAUUCUCAAUGUGUUAACAACUUUGGUUCAUAUCAAUGUCAAUGCAAUGAAGGUCUUUUUAUGGUUAAUUCAAAAUGUGAGCAUGAAAAAAUUGCAACCAAUUAUAAAGUAAUAACAACACCUGCACCUCAGAGUUUUUUUUGGUUGGAUAACUUGAUGGCCAAGUACAAAAAUUCUAUUAUCGAUGAAGUAAGUUACCUGCAGGCACUGAGAAAAAAUUUUGGAAUUAUAUCUAAGUUACCCUAUUACAAUUGGAGGCUUGAUGCAGUGUCUCGCUUAAUAGAGUCCUUACACUUAGCUGUUCAAUUGAGCAACGAAGUUAUAUUUAACGAAAAUCAAAAAGAUAAAUCUGUCAACUGUAUUCAGAUAUUUGCUGCAAGUGUCAGUUCUGUGUUGACUCUAGAUCUUAAAACAGAAUGGGCAGAAAUAAACAAAAAAAAAAAUGGAAGUAUUCUUUUAAUGAAAUACACAGAAGAAUAUGUUGUAAAUAAAGUACGUCCAAUUAAAAAGAAUCAAUUAACUGAUCUAUUUGCUAUUACAUUUGAAAAUUUAGACAUUAAUAUUCAACCUGUGACAACUUACCAUAAAGACGAAGCUUUAAAAUUUUCUAUGAUUAAAGAUAGUGUUGGUGUUUAUGUCAAAGUACCAAACACCAAUUAUCCAGUGAUAGAAAGUUCUAUGAGUAUAGCUAUUAUUUAUAAGUACCUUGACAAGUUGUUACCAAAAGUUAAAGUUGAAAAUGUUUUAAGUCCAAUUAUUGGUUCUCAAGUUUUCUCAUUUUCUUUUUCUCACUUAUCUAAAGCAUUAAUAAAACCACUUGAAAUCAGAUUUAAACUAAAUCAGGUAGUUGGUAAUGGAAUACAAUGUUCAUAUUGGGACUUUCAAAGACCAUAUAGUGGAGGAUGGGCAAGUGACAACUGCAAAGCAUCUAAUGCUUCUUCAAAUUUAGAAAUACUUUGCGAAUGCUUGCAUCUUACAAAUUUUGCAGUCAUAGUGCCACAAGCAUUACCGUAUUCUGAAAACAGAGUUGUAAAUUUAAAAUUCACUCUGACAGCUGCAGUUGGUGUUUUGUGUUUACUUGUGUUAGCUUUUUUGAUAUGUGUUUCUCACAUUUGUUGCUCAAGUUACUGGAAGUCUUCACGACAAACUAUCAUUUGUAAUUUAAACUUGGUUUUAAUACUCAGUAUUGUUGCAUUCUCUGGAGGCGUUAUAAUGUCAUAUCUUCAGCUUGUUCCCCAAACACUAAAUUCUUAUUUUUGUUUCUCCCUUCUUGGUACAAUCCAAAUUAUGGGAGUUGGUUUUUUUGGAUGGAUUUUUGCUGAAUCCAUUCAGCUCUACUUUUCCACAAGAAUUGCAAUUGAUAAAGGAGGAAGACAUCUUAUUUUAUUUUAUUUUUGUGGAUGGGGUAUACCAAUUGUGCUUCUUACAAUCAGUGUAGUUUUAGUUUACUUUAACAAGUUUAAUCUGCAAUUACGGUGUACUCUGCAUAGAUUUUCUUUCGAAUUGGUUGGCAUAGCAGUUGGAAUGCCUUCUUUAAUUCUUAUAUUGGCUACCUUAGUGAUGCAUUUAGUGAUUUAUAUUUCAAUUCGUCGAAAUAAAGAACUUCUAAACCCUUAUGUUGUCAUUCAUACCAGGCGUGCACUCCACUUUUCAAAAGCUCUUCUACUCAUUCAUGUUUUGCUGUUGGGAAGUGUAACAACAUUUUUGCAUUUUAAUUCAAAUACAUUAUACCAUCAUAUUUUUGGUGUCAUUGCUAUUAUAGAGGGUAUUUAUCUAGUUAUCUAUCAUGGAUUUUUCGAUAGAAAGAAAGCUGGUAUUAAAAGUCCCAAAUUAAGAACAAGCCAUUCUGCAAAAGAUACUGUAGUAACUACUGUAUCUGGUAACCAUGGAAGUACUUUGGAAACAUUAGCUUCCUCUCCAUUGGAACAACGGAAAAGUCUUUUAAAACCUUUGUCAAAAAAUCUGCCUUCUAGUGAUUCUGCACAAGGGCUUUCACAUGCAACUCGCACAAUUGAAAGCUCUUCUGAGCAGCUUGAGUGGGAUAAUUCUUUUGCAGACAUGUAUGGGGUACAAAGUGUAGGACAAAGUAGUGAAAUGAAACCUUUACUCAACACACAAGUAUCCCAUGAUAUACCAGAAAUUAUUUAUGAAGAAAAUUUGGCUCGUUUGUCUCAUUCCACCUUUGAUUCCAAUCAUAAGUACGAAUCAUUUAAUAGAAAUGCCAACUCUCUACCCCGGCGAAAACAUAGAAAUCUUGAAAUUGAUGAGUAUUCAAAUGACGGUAGUUACAAAAAUAAAAAGCCAUUACAGCAUAUAAACAGUAGAGCUAGUAGUAUUGUUUCCAUUGAGAAACAUUCAAGUGGAGCUGCUAACCAAGUUAUUCCUGUUUACUUUCCUGUUGCACCCCCGCACUACGAGAUGACAAUGAAAAAUGACGAGGAAAGUAGCGAUGUGUUUCCUGAUAGCACUGAUAAUUCUUGUCGUGAUAGUCCUGAUGCUUCCUGUCGUGAAAGCUUUGUGAUAGACUCUAAUCGAAUGUCAACUAUUUCUUCAGAACUUACAAAUAUUCUUUUUGAACUCCAAGCGUUUAACACUAAACCAAACAAUGUAAAGUCUUCAGUAAGUUUAAGGGAUACCAUUGAUACAAAUCUUGAUAAGUCAUCUACCUUUCGACCUCAAGGACAAAAGACUAAAACUAUGAUUGAAAAAGAUCAGAAUAUUACAAAACAACUUCAAACUGACAAUAACCGUAUUCGAGGAGUGAGAGGUAGGACUCGUGCUGAGGCUGACCCAUCAGACGGUUAUCACGCUAUUUCUGAUAACUAUGGUAGCCUUUAGUUAGUUAUUUUAGACUAUUAGAUCUCAGUUUUUUUACUACAGAUAUCAUUGAGGCUUAAAGUAUUUUCAGACAAAAAAGUAUACUACCGUACAUUUUUAUUUUUUUUAUUUGACUUUAAUAUAUUUCUUAUAUUUUCAAAUAGUUUAUUUUUAAAAAUUUAUCGUCACAAAAAAAGUCUGUCUAAAGUAUUUUUUAUAUAAGCUAAACUCGUAGGGUUAGUAAAUAAAAAGUUGAUGAAAAAUAUUUGUUUUCAAUACGUGUUCUAAACUGUUCAAGUGAAGAAUUUUUUUAUUUUGUGCGCAAUUGCUUUUUUUAAUUCUGAAACGUUUUUUAUUUCGUUGCUUACUAUUAAAUCAUGUAAAUAAAGAGUUUUAUAACUUUAAUAAUACAGAGCUUAUUUAAAACGCUA